AUGGCAUCUCAACUCAACGUCGACGAGCUCAUCCGCGCGGCAGAAUACCACCACAAGCAAUAUCUACAAACACUCGGCAACAUCCAAAAUACCGUUGACCAGCGGACCCGCGAGCGUGAAGACAGUCGCUCAACGGUCCCUGAGGCCAUGACGCCUCCCCUCGGCGCUCUUUUUCGCCCGACAUCCGUCAGUCCUGAGCCUCACUUGCAUAAUGCUCACCCGAGUCGCCUCCUGCGGACGCGAACCUCUACAUUGGAAACGGCGCGAGGGCGGCCGUCAUUCUGUCCGUGCCCAUCUCCCAAGCCCAUAGCGCGCUCGAUGAUGUCUCACGAUCCAGAAUCUAUUCCCGACGAGGAACUAUCCUUCAUCCCCUUGCUGGACGCUUCCUCUGCCGGCGCUCGCCCGGUUGAAGAGCCGGAGCCUGCGGCAGAUAUCACUUCGAGGGCACAGAAACCUCUUCUGCCGCUGAGUUUUACCGACGACAUGCUCAUGCGGCACCUUCGUGACACAGAGUUCGAAGCGCCCCUGGCUACCGUGUUGGACGAAGUCGUUCGUCGGCGGCCAGACAUUGACCUCGGCAUGCCGUUUCGUGAUUUUGCCACCUUUGAGCGGGAGAGCUACGUGAGCACCACGUUUGAGGUGUAUGAAGUGGCAGCAGAUGCGUCUGCCAAGAAGAUGAACAUUGACAUCGACGUGCAACGGGAUGUGAAGUACGGCGGCGACGGGGUGCUGUAUGAGAGCGCAGACGAAAUCGUGGAUGCGCCGACGGUGUGGGAGGCCAUCAAGCAUGUCAACUCGGACGGGGAGGCGAAUCAUCCGGUCCGGACGUUGCUAAUGAGUCCCAUGAGCAGCAUCGUCCAAGAGCCGACGCCGCUCAUCCUCGCCGCCCUCCAUCUCACAAUGUCACCGCACUUCGACAUGCGCGAGCUCCUCACCCAUCUUCUCUCGGACGCCCCGAACCGCGGCCGCACAAAUGCCAUCAUGCACCGAGCUUUUGAACGAACCUCGUCCGUCUCACCAUACCCCCCUUCACCCUUCGACCCUCCGGCCCUCGAUGCCCGUGACCCGAGUCCCGCCGUCCCCCGAGCCGUGUCACCCGUGACAAACGUCCGCCAGCGCUCAUUCUUCUUCGUCUUCAAAUACUACACCUCGGUGGCAGAAGGCCUCGAGCCCGCCCCCUGGCAGAGGUUCGACAAGCGGCCCGCUGACAACCGGCUCGGCGACCACAUCGACGUUGCGGAAUGCAGCUCCGUGCUCGCCCUCUCGCUCGGCGGCGAACCCAUCAAGCCGCUGCGCAUGAGGCCUCGCCGGGAAAGGGCCAGAGAAGGCUUUCUCUUCGAUACCUUUGGUCCGUGGCACCUGUUGAGCAUCCAGAGCUUCCCCGACGACCAGCACGCCGUUCGCGGGGACGAGUUUCCGAAAAACAGCUUCUACAGCGGCCCAUGUGCGUUUCUGCACCUCCUCGUUUCGGAGUAUCGCGAUGCCGGGAGACGCAACCAGAUUCUUCACGAGAAAAUCACAAAGCUCAUCACCCCGCCAACCGAAUUCAUGUUCGACCGCCGCCUCCGCGACAAGCUCCUCUUCGAAGACAAGCACUUCACCUACAUCCGGCGAUACUUCUGGGCCUACAACACCCUCGCCGUCAUCAACACGGGCAUCAACGCCAUGGUCGCCGCCUACUGGGACACCUUCACCGACGACUUCUGGUCCGGCAGCCACCCCGUCCUCACUCCGCACCCGUCGCCCUCGUCCCCCCCCGGCGAGGCGUACGCGGCCAAGACGGCCCCCCUGCGCCGCGACCUCGUCAAGGCCGUCACCGAGCUAGGCGACGUGCUGGAGCGCAACGAGCGCACCAGGAGGGAGAUUGAGAGCCUGAGGGACCAGCUCUUCAGCGGCAGCUCCAUCAAGGAGAGCAGGCGGGCCAUAGACCAGGGCGACAACAUCCGCGUCCUGACCUCUGUUUUUGGCAUCACGCAAUUCACGAUCCCGGCGACGGACUGGCGCUUCGCUGCUACCAUGGUCCUCGUGUGCAUACCCUUCAUGGCGCUCAUCUUCCUCCUGCAGACGCGCGUGUUUGCCGUCGUCGUGGGGAGGCUGUGCCGGCUCGCGCGGAGGGCGGCCGCUUUCCCGUACAGAUUGUUUGCGGGGACGGGGACGCUCGAGCAGGACGCGCCCGACAGCCGAUCGGCUGACAUGGCGAGGGGCCGCAAGAGGAGGCUCAGGAUGAGAGUGGCGAGCGCAAACGCGCAGGCGGAAGUGGGCGCUCGGUGGAAGUGGCCGCGGCCGUGGCAGAAGCCACGCAUGGUGGGAGAAGCGGACUUGGGCAAGGUGUGA